GCCCACAGGCCCACUACAGCUGGAGCUGAUUCUUUUUAGGUGGAUUUAUUUUUCUUUCCUCCGGAGGCCAGUCUCGCUCCAUUAGAAUUGCCGAAGAAAUCACCCGUGGCGAAUCUCCACUUCUAGGAUGAAGUUUUCCAGGCUGAUUGGUGGCCUUGUUAUCUUGUUGCUUGCAUGUGCUGCGGAGGCUUGGACGGGGGAGAUCCAUGGAAGGGUCGUCUGUGAUGUUUGCGGAGAUUCAUCGGUAGGGCCAGAGGACCACCCUCUCGAAGGAGCGGAGGUGGCUGUGCUUUGCAUAACUAAGUCGAAGGAAGUAUUGAAUUAUCAGGCUUUUACCAACUCUAAAGGUGUUUACAAGGUGGCUGAGACGAUGCCUGAGAGUGAUCGUUGGGAUUCUUGUUUAGCGAGGCCCAUCAGCAGCUUCCAUCAGCACUGUACUCGGAGGGGUGAUACCUAUUCUGGGCUCAAGUUCACCUACAAUCAACCUUCUGGAAAUUCUCAUGCCGUCAAGACCUUUCUUUACAAGCCCGUCUCUGCUCCUGCUUACUGCAUCUAAUGCAUCCACCUUCUACAACGGUAUUAUAUUCAAAAAUGGAUCCCACAUCAAUAUAUAUAUAUUUAUAUAAAAUUUAUAAUUGCAUGCUUCAAAUAGUAAACUAUUUGACUGAGAAUGGUGACUGGCAAAGACAUUUAUAUGAUACAUGAGAAUGUUAAUGAUAUCUUUCACUGUACUGCUUGUACAUAUUUUAUGAUAUUAUUCACUGAUGUUUUUAUCAUAUUGUAAUGCGUCUGAUUGUGAGCUUUGAAAAAUGAAAAAGGAUGGAGACGAGCAACUCUUUUGUUGAUUA